GGCCCAGCGAUUUCUCGAGCCGUACCUGCUCGUUAAAUGACAACGUGAACGACAAGCCGACGAUAUCAGUUUCUUUCUAUAGAGAUUCAUAUACAUAUAUUUAUAACGCCUCGCGAGACGCUCAAUCGCCAGUAUCGCCCGUUGCGUACGGCUGGUUGGCGAUCGUGGUGGCUGUAUCUGUUUUAUCGCCCGGGACAAAAGCACAUGGCCACAGUGAAAGAAUUUUUCGCCCGGACGAUGACCACGACAGACAGCGUUGCCGGGCUGAUCGACAUGGAAGUAUCCCACGUGCCGAUGGAAAACUGCCGCGGAAGCGUCAAGGAGGGCGCGAUUGAUUUCGUGGCCGGUUCACUCGGUGGUAUAGCGCUCGUUUAUGUGGGCCAACCAUUGGACACGGUGAAGGUAAAGAUGCAAACCUUCCCAUCCAUGUACAAAAAUAUGGUGAAUUGUUUUCUCCGUACGUUAAGAACAGACGGUAUUGCAAGAGGUUUAUACGCUGGAACAAUACCUGCGGUAGUCGCUAAUGUUGCCGAGAACUCGGUAUUAUUCGCGGCCUACGGCGGAUGUCAAAAGGCGAUCGCUCAUUUAUCAGGUGUGCAGAACGUGAAAGAGCUAAGUUCCAUCAGUAAUGCCUGGGCCGGCUUCUUCGCUGCAUUCUUUUCCUCAUUGACGCUGUGCCCGACGGAGUUAAUAAAAUGCAAGUUACAGGCUAUGAGAGAAGUCGAACAGACGCAAAUGGCAACUACUACGGGAAAAUGCACGAAACCUUGUAUAGGAUCAUGGAGUUUGACGAGGCAAGUUUUUCGGGAACAAGGUGUAAAAGGCCUAUUCACAGGCCUCUCCUCUACAAUAGCUCGCGAAAUGCCAGGCUAUUUCUUCUUUUUCGGCGGCUACGAAGCCACGAGAGAGUUAUUAGCUGCUAAGGGUCAGAAUAGGGAUGACAUUGGCUGGCAAAAGACGAUGGUGGCUGGCGCGGUUGGAGGUACGAUGCUCUGGCUAGCGAUAUUUCCAGCCGACGUUGUUAAGAGUAGAAUACAGGUACAGAACUUGAAAACACCCGCCUUGAUAGUUUUCAAGAAUAUCGCACGGCAAGAAGGUAUCGGCGCUUUGUAUAACGGAUUAACACCGACUUUAAUUAGAACGAUACCAGCAACUGCAACACUGUUUGUCACCGUCGAAUACACGAAAAAAAUUAUGUACAAUUAUUUCUAAAAUCGAUUUCAACAUUUCCGUUUUCUUACGUGACCUGAUAUUCCGACCGAAUAUUCUACACAAAUGUGCAUUUAUCGUGAACUAUGUAUUCUAAAAUUAUAUGUCAAGCGACUUCAGUGUCUAUAUCUGUAAAUA